AAUCGUGCUCGCUGGUUUUCACCCCACGGGGACACCAAGAUGAACGUUGAUCCAAAUUUACGUGAGACAUCCGAUUAUUAGCCAACAUCGCGAUGACUACGGAGACGAAUGACGAGGCCUCGUGCCUCGAGCGUCUUCAUCAAGAAGCUUUUAAUUGUCUAGAAACGUUUCCGAACAAGAUCAUCGAAUUGAACGAGUUCGUCAACGAGUACAUGCCGGAAUCUGUUAAGAACAGUAAAUUCAACGAUCCACCUCCAAUCGAUCGGAAAGUCAAGUGUCAAUCGACACUUUCCAGCGUGAAGAACUGCGACCUAAACAGCAUUUCGGACUUUGGCGUUUCCAGUUACUAUUCUCUUUCGAUGUGCGAUCGCAGCCGAUCGCGACACGGAAUUUGUAAAAGAAAAUACUAUCGAUCGCGAGGUAUAACUGGUGGCAACGUGCGUCGAAGACCAGGUCCUCUGGGACAAAUUUUAGCAUUUAUAGUGAGCAGCCUGGCAACAUGUACCAAGAAAAUCGUCAUUACUCCGUCACAGUACAUCGUGGACAACAUAAUUCCAGCAUUCUUCCAAAGGCGAGAAUUAAAGAACGCACAGUGCGGACCUUCGCCAAAUUGGAGCAGCUCUCUUUCGACGUACGUGACUGCGGUUAAGAAGGACACGACGAUUAUUGGCAAGCUGAUCGACAUCAUGAGACCGGCGGUAGUGAAACUCAUUACCGACACCACCACCUUGAAACGAUGGCUGCAGGCAGUCGCUUUAACCAGCGAAUCGCCUCCGAUCGAAUUAACGAACGCGACUCGCAACACUGAAACCAUCGACUGCUGGGCUUACGAGCUGUUCUUUCAUCUCAAGUACCUUCAAGUGAAUCGCGCACGACGGACCACCGACAAAGUAACAGCGGAGACGGAGUCAAAGUCCAACGACGUGAUUCAUGCCAACUUGUGGCAUCGGUUGGUUCAACUUCGCGACAAUUAUAUUAUCCUGUACGAGACUCUGAAGAACUACGAUAAAAUUCGCGAUCUGGAGCCGGAGAAACAGCAAGCAUAAACACGCAAGUGGUCAGUCACGUAACAGAGAGGCGGGGUUUGAUCCUUUCGAGCCCUCGAGCUUAAUCCUUCUGUCUAUCUGAUGAUUUCACUCUUUUCGUUUCUUUC